ACAAUGCCAGGAAAACCUGCACCCAUUAAGAAGUCCCCAGCCAAGAAGGUUGCCGCGAAGGCACCUGAGCCCGCCCCGGCUCCCGUAGAGGCUCCACCUGCGGAGGCUCCACCUGCGGAGGCUCCACCUGCUGAGACUCCGCCUGCGGAAGCUCCACCUGCGGAAGCUGCUCCAGCACCCGUGGGAGAAACAGCACCUGCAACCCCAGCAGAGGACACCCCUGCGGCUGAAGGAAGCCCGCCAGCUGAAGCCUCGGCCACCGAGGAAGGAGCCGACUCGACAGCUCCCACUGAGGCUGCUGCUCCUGCUGCUGAAGACGGCGCCGCUGCUCUCGCUGCAGAUGCUCCCGCAGACGCUGCUCCAGUAGAAGCUGCCAUAGUUGAAGAACCGCCAAAGGCCCCCACGCCGCCGCCUCCUGCAGUCCCCACCAGCGCUCCGCUGGACGUAUCUGUGGAGGAUGUGAACGACUCCAGCCUCUCCAUUAAAUGGAAGACACCAGAGACCAUUGGAGACUCCGGCCUGGACGGAUACACUGUCGAGUACUGCAAGGAUGGAACAACAGACUGGGUUGUAGCUCAAGAGGAGCUGACCCCCGCUAACCGAUGCUGCAUCAAGAAUCUCACAACCGGCGACCUGCUGCUUGUUCGCGUGGUGGCUGUAAACGCUGGUGGCCGCAGUGAACCCGGCACACUUGCUGAGCCUGUGCACAUUCGUGAGAUUGGCGACCGCCCCAAGAUCCGCAUGCCCCGUGCUCUCAGAACCCGCUAUGUCAAGCAAGUUGGAGAGCAGAUCAACUUGGUCAUCCCCUUUAUUGGAAAGCCCAAACCUGUCGUGUCCUGGCUCAAGGACGGUAAGCCGUUGGACACAAAGAGGGUCAACAUCAGGAACAGCGACAAGGACAGCAUCAUGUUUAUCCGCACCUCUGAGAGGGAGGACUCUGGUGUUUACGAGAUGACCGUUAAAGUGGAAAGCUUUGAAGACAAGGCCACCAUCACCCUUCAGAUUGUUGAGCGGCCCGGCUGUCCUGCCAGUGUGAAGCUCGUUGACUCCUGGGGCUUCAAUGCUGCUCUGGAAUGGACCCCUCCCAAAGAUAAUGGCAACACAGAGAUCACUGGAUACACCGUCCAGAAGGCUGACAUGAAGACUGGGGAAUGGUUCUCUGUGCUAGAGCACUACCACAGGCUGACUGCCACCAUCUCAGACCUCAUCAUGGGAAAUUCGUACUCUUUCAGAGUGUUCGCUGAGAACCAAGUGGGCAUCAGUGAGAAGAGCGCUGUCACUAAGGAGGUGGCCAAAAUCCAGAAGACAGGUAUUGUGUACAAGCCCCCUGAGUACCCGGAGCACGACUUUAGUGAGGCACCCAAGUUCACCACACCCCUCAGUGACCGUGCUGCCACUGUUGGAUACACCACCAAGCUGCUGUGUUCUGUCCGUGGAUGUCCCAAGCCUAAAAUCGAGUGGUUGAAGAAUCAGAUGGUCAUUGGCAAGGACCCCAAGUUUCGUCAGAUCUCUAACCAGGGCAUUUGCUCCCUUGAGAUCCGUAAGCCCUGCAGCUUCGAUGGUGGCGUUUACACCUGCAGAGCCAAGAACGCCCAGGGAGAGGCCGCUGUCUCCUGCAAGCUGGAAGUGAAACAGGUUAUUAUUUCAGAUGCUGAGAAGGGCAAAUAAACCAACACCCAAAACUCCAGAGUGCCUUCAAAGGACCAUCGGAAGUCCAGGUCUUAUGCUUUAGGAGUGUUUGAGGAGGUGAGAGGAAAAGUUGUGGCUGUCUGCUUGGCAGUGUGUACAUAAUGAAGGAAGGAACAGAACAACAUACCAACAUCUCCGUAUCUAUUUCCACCCCCACCCAUCCCGACUCACCCACUCCUCCCAGUAUGCAGGGAAGACCCACACAGCCCAACCCAUCGCUGUUUGCCAAAUGUUGUAUGUUAUUUUAGUUGGUGACAUGUAUGUAAGGCUACAUUUACAUUGUAUUUUUUCUGGCUGUGUUCAUGUGCUGUUUGUUAUGUACUACUCAAUAAAACAAUGAACCCUUGGACAUG